AUGACAUUGCGAAGCAGUAUGGCCGCGACAGGAAAGCGGAAAGCAAACGAUGCAAACUCCAACGGACUCUACCAGAACGAUCGAUUAAUACUCAAGCGACGAGACACUUCAAUCUCAGGAUUCCAGAACUUAAAUCUCUAUGGCCACCAGCACAAGCAACAAGAACAACACGAAGCAACAACAGACUCAGCAAUAUCCAUACACAACGAUACAAAGACAAAAUUCCCAUCACAACAGCAUUAUACAUCUCACCUCCCCAGCCCACCCAACUCCGCCACCACUUCUCAAGACGAAUUCAUGAACGACAAUAAUCAUACAUGUAAUAACGAUCAUCACAUUAAUAAUCCUCCUCACCAUCUCCUCCUCACCUUCCAAUCCCACCUCACAACCUUCUGCCAAACCCACGGCUCAAUUUUCGGUCCGGGAUACCUCCACACUCUCCAAACAUCCCAUCUGACCGCCACAACUUCCCUUGAGCCCGCCACUAUUCUCUCCGCAGGCCAAACUUUUACGCACGCAUUAAAUCGCUAUGUGGCGGAAUUGCAAUCUGCGGCUAUACGGCAGGUGCAGUUGAGAGGGGAUUUGGUUCGUGUGGGGGGGAUUGAUUCUGUGGCGUUGGAGGCGCUGGAUGCGGUUUUGGCGAGGUUGGAUGAGAGGAUUGUUGUUGUUGGGGCGGAGGCGCAGGGGUUGGAGUUUGAGUUGGGGUUGGUGGAGGGGGAGGUUGAGGGUGGUGGGGGUGGUGGUGGGAGGUGAUUUUUAAUAGUUGGGGUUUUUGAUAUCCACUAGAGAGGAAGAAG